AUGUUUCUGCAACGCGGCUCGCGCGCCGUCCGGACGCAAUGGCACGUCUCCAAGAGCGUGGCCCGCCUGGCCGCGGCGAGAGCUGCUGGCGUCUACCCCUCCAGACAGUUCCAUGACACGCGGCAUCUGAGGGUCAUCAAACCGGUCCUACUAGCAGACAUUGGUGAAGGCAUCGUGGAAUGCGAAAUCAUCCAGUGGUUCGUCGAGCCCGGCGCCCGCGUCGAGGAGUUCUCCCCGCUGUGCGAGGUUCAGAGCGACAAGGCCUCGGUGGAGAUCACCAGCCGCUUCUCGGGCGUCGUAAAGAAGCUGCACUACGACGCCGGCGAUAUGGCAAAGGUCGGCAAGCCCUUUGUCGACAUUGACAUCCAGGGAGGGGCCAAGAAGGAGGACCUCGAUGCACUGACAGCCCCGGCCGAGCCGGCGGCGGAGAGGACCGCACCGAGCACUUCGGAGCCCCCUGUGCAGCAACAACAGCAGGCGAGAACACAACAGGGAGAGCAGGCACAGGAGCAAUCAAGACAAGAGCCGGCGGUUGCCAUACCCGAAAGUGCUGGUGCACAGGAAGCUUCGCGGCCACCAAGGGGCAAGCAUGCCUCGCUCGCCACGCCAGCGGUGCGGCACCUUGUCAAGACAUUAAACGUGAACAUUGUGGACAUUGAUGGCACGGGAAGAGACGGCAGAGUCCUCAAGGAGGACGUGCAAAACUUUGUCAAGCGCCGCGAAUCCGGGGAGAAGCUGGCGGCGUCCUCGGCCCCGCCUUCCGGCGCAGUUCCCACUCCGGGGCCCGGCUCCGCCACACAACUCGAGACCCGCGUCCCGCUCACAAACACCCAGCAGCAAAUGUUCAAGUCUAUGACGCGCUCCCUCACGAUCCCGCACUUCCUAUACGCCGACGAGGUCGACUUCUCCAGCCUCGUCCAGCUGCGCACCCGCCUCAACCGCGUCCUUGCGACGGCCCCCGAGGUGGGCGGCGGCGAGACCGGCGUCGCGAAGCUCUCCUACCUCCCCUUCAUCAUCAAGGCUGUCUCUAUGGCGCUCUACAAGUUUCCCAUCCUCAACGCGCGGGUCGACCUCGAUCCCUCAUCCUCCAAGCCCUCCCUCGUCAUGCGCAGCCAGCACAACAUCGGCGUCGCCAUGGACACCCCGCAGGGCCUCAUGGUGCCCGUGAUCCGCAAUGUCGGGUCGCUCAACAUCCUCUCCAUCGCCUCCGAGCUGACGCGGCUGCAAAAGGCGGCCUUCGCGGGCAAGCUGACGCCGGCGGACCUGGGCGGCGGUACCAUUACUGUCUCCAACAUUGGUAACAUCGGCGGGACCUACCUGUCGCCCGUCAUUGUUGACAAGGAGGUCGCAAUCCUCGGCAUCGGCCGCAUGCGCGCCGUGCCGGCGGUGGUGAGGAAGCACGUGUGCAACUUCAGCUGGAGCGCUGACCAUCGUGUGGUCGACGGCGCAACCAUGGCGCGGGCCGCCGAGGUGGUGCGGAGGGUCGUGGAAGAGCCCGACGUCAUGGUCAUGCACCUCCGAUGA